AUGAGCCAGCCCAGGCCCCGCUACGUGGUAGACAGAGCUGCAUACUCCCUCACCCUCUUCGAUGAUGAGUUUGAGAAGAAGGACCGGACAUACCCACUGGGAGAGAAACUUCGCAAUGCCUUCAGAUGUUCCCCAGCCAAGAUCAAAACCACGCUGUUUGGGCUGUUCCCCGUGCUCUCUUGGCUCCCCAAGUACAAGAUCAAAGACUACCUCGUCCCGGACCUUCUUGGGGGCCUCAGCGGUGGAUCCAUCCAGGUCCCACAAGGCAUGGCAUUUGCUCUGCUGGCCAACCUUCCUGCAGUCAACGGCCUCUACUCCUCCUUCUUCCCCCUCCUGACCUAUUUCUUCCUGGGGGGCAUACGCCAGAUGGUGCCAGGUACCUUUGCCGUUAUCAGCAUGCUGGUGGGUAACAUCUGUCUGCAGCUGGCCCCAGAGUCGAAAUUCCGGGUCUUCAACUAUACCACCAACGAGAGCUACGUGGACACGGCAGCCAUGGAGGCGGAGAGGCUUCAUGUGUCGGCGACACUAGCCUGCCUGACUGCCAUCAUCCAGAUGGGCCUGGGCUUCGUGCAGUUUGGCUUUGUGGCCAUCUACCUCUCCGAGUCCUUCAUCCGGGGCUUCAUGACGGCCGCCGGCCUGCAGAUCCUGAUCUCCGUGCUCAAGUACAUCUUCGGACUGACCAUCCCCCCCUACACGGGCCCAGGGGCCAUCGUCCUUACCUUCAUUGACAUUUGCAAAAACCUCCCCCACACCAACGUCGCCUCGCUCAUCUUCGCCCUCAUCAGCGGUGUUUUCCUGGUGCUGGUGAAGGAGCUGAAUGCCCGCUACAGGCACAAGAUCCACUUCCCCAUCCCUACAGAGCUGAUUGUGGUGGUGGUAGCAACAGCUAUUUCCGGAGGCUGCAAGAUGCCCAGCAAGUACCAGAUGCAGAUUGUGGGAGAGAUCCAACAGGGGUUCCCCACUCCCGUGUCACCUGCGGUUUCACAGUGGAAGGACAUGAUUGGCACAGCCUUCUCCGUGGCCAUCGUGGGCUAUGUCAUCAACCUGGCUGUGGGCCGGACCCUGGCCAGCAGGCACGGCUAUGACGUGGAUUCUAACCAGGAGAUGAUCGCCCUGGGCUGCAGCAACUUCUUCGGCUCCUUCUUUAAAAUCCAUGUCAUUUGCUGUGCCCUCUCCGUCACUCUGGCUGUGGAUGGCGCUGGAGGGAAGUCUCAGAUCUCAAGCCUGUGCGUGUCCCUGGUGGUGAUGAUCACCAUGCUGGUCCUGGGGACCUAUCUGUACCCUCUCCCCAAGUCUGUGCUAGGAGCCCUGAUAGCUGUCAACCUCAAGAACUCCCUCAAGCAACUCGCCGACCCCUACUACCUGUGGAGGAAGAGCAAGCUCGACUGUUGCAUCUGGGUGGUGAGCUUCCUCUCUGCCUUCUUCCUGAGCCUGCCGUAUGGUGUAGCGGUGGGCGUCGCCUUCUCCGUCCUGGUUGUGGUCUUCCAGACCCAGUUUCGAAAUGGCUAUGCUUUGGCCCAAAUCACGGACACUGACAUUUAUGUGAACCCCAAGACCUAUAUUAAGGCCCAGGAAGUCCAGGGGGUUAAGAUCGUCACUUACUGCUCCCCACUCUAUUUUGCCAACUCGGAAAUCUUCAGGCAGAAGGUCAUUGCCAAGACGGGUGUGGAUCCCCAGAAGGUACUGCUGGCCAAGCAAAAAUACCUCAGGAAGCAGGAGAAGGGGAAAAUCAUGCCCAAACAACAGAGGAAGUCUCUGUUUAUGAAAACCAAGACUGUCUCCCUGCAGGAGCUUCAGCAGGACUUUGAGAACCCCUCCCCCACGGACCCCAACAACAACCAGACGCCUGCUAAUGGUGCCAGCGUGUCCUACAUCACCUUCAGCCCUGACAGCGCCACAGCUGCCAGCUGUGAGCCACCAGCCCCUGCUGAGACCCCCACUGAGCCCAGUGACAUGCUGGCCAGCGUCCCACCCUUUGUCACCUUCCACACCCUCAUCCUCGACAUGAGUGGGGUCAGCUUUGUGGACUUGAUGGGCAUCAAAGCCCUGGCCAAGCUGAGCGCCACCUUCGGGAAGAUCGGUGUGAAGGUCUUCUUGGUGAACGUUCAUGCCCAGGUGUACAAUGACAUUAGCCACGGAGGUGUCUUUGAAGAUGGGUGUCUAGAGCGCAACCACGUCUUUCCCAGCAUACACGAUGCGGUCCUCUUUGCCCAGGCAAAGACCAGCAACGUGGCCCCAGGACAUGACUUCCAAGGGCCUCCAGUGGACCCUGAGCUGUCAUUGUAUGAUUCAAAGGAUGACGUCCCCAGCUACUGGGACUUAGAGCAGGAGAUGUUCGGGAGCAUGUUUCACGCAGAGACUCUGACCGCCCUGUGAGGGCACAGCCGGUUCCGUGCUGCCUCCAGAGCGCCUGGCACCUGGGGCCCCCAUGAAGGAUGAGCCUGGGAUCACAGGGAGUGGCGGGUAGAGGAAAACGCCUCCACCAGGACUCCAGUACCUCUCCAUCCUCCUCCUCAUCCUCUCCCAUCCCCCCACCUCCCUCCUGACAUCUGCAGCAGGGAGAGCCACCUCUUCACCCUUCUGCUGAUCCUCAGGGCCCCAGCCAGCAACGAGCAAGCCUCCUGCUCAC